UGGGAUUUACGACAGUUGAACUUCCUGCCAUCAGAGACGCGGAUCAAUAUCAAUAAUCGAUUAAUAAUCCGUCUUUGGGAGGAACCCCAUUCUGUGGGCACGCCAUGGCAGCUAAAACCAUGUGGGGUAACUUGAAGGAGCAUCUGACCAAUAAUCUUGCCCACGACCCGGAUGCCAGUCUUGAGGCGAACCUGGAGAAUGCUGACCCCGAGCUCUGCAUCCGCCUCCUUCAGGUUCCCACUGUCAUGAACUACUCAGGGCUGCGGCGGCGUCUGGAAAACAGCGACCAGGUGUGGAUGGUUCAGUUCCUGGAGCUGCGGGGUCUGGACCUGCUGAUGGAGGCGUUGGAGCGCCUGUCAGGUCGCGGCUGCUCUCGGAUCGCAGACGCUCUGCUGCAGCUCACUUGCGUCGGCGCCAUCCGAGCUGUUCUGAACUCUUCUGCUGGACUGCAUUUCAUCCUGGACAACAAGGGCUAUGUCAGGACGCUGACGCAGGCUCUGGACACGUCCAAUGUUAUGGUGAAGAUGCAGGUGUUUGAGAUUCUGGCAGCUGUUGCUUUGUUUGAUCUUCAGGGACACCGUCUGGCUCUGGACGCCCUUGACCAUUAUAAGAGUGUGAAGAAGCAGCAGUAUCGCUUCAGUGUCAUCAUGAAUGAGCUCCACAACACCGACAACGUUCCCUACAUCAUGACACUGAUGAGCGUCAUCAACGUCCUUGUGUUUGGACAUGAAGACCUGAGGAAGAGGAGUCGUCUGCGGCAGGAGUUUAUUGGACUACAGUUGCUGGACCUGCUGCCCAAACUGAGGGAAACGGAGGAUGAAGACGUGAACAUCCAGUGUGAUGCCUUUGAGGACUCGCUGGCAGAGGACGAGGACGAGAUGGAGAAACUAUACGGAGGACUUGACAUGAGCAACCAUCAGCAGGUUUUCACCUCACUGUUCACCAAGGUGAGCAGCUGUCCAUCCUCAGUCCAGCUUCUUUCCAUCCUACAGGCGUUGCUGUUGGUGGAUCCAGACCAUACGGAGGUCUGGUUGGCUCUGGAGCUGCUGGCGGACCGAGCCACUCUACUAGCUCAGGAUACUGGGUUAGAUUCUGCUGAUUGUCUGUUGGAGAGACUCCUCCCACAAAAGACAUUCUCAGCCAAUCACAAGAUCCGAACUGUAGACAGGGCGGUCCAGACUCGGCUGACAGAGAGUUCUGCCAUCCUAUCAGAGGUGCUUCCCAAAGAUGAUGAUACCAAUGCCACUUCAGCUGCUCCUCCACCUUCCUCACCUUUACCUACUUCAGCUGCUCCACCCCCUCUCCCUCCUCCAGCCCCACCUUUACCUGCUUCAUUGGCUCCUCCCCCUCCAUUACCUGGUUCAGCAGCUCCACCCCCUCCUCCUCCUCCACCUAUACCUGGUUCAGUGGCUCCUCCCCCUCCCCCUCCAUUACUUGGUUUUGGAAGUCCUCCCCCUCCACCUCCUUUACCUGGUUCAACAGCUCCUCCCCCUCCACCUUCUUUACCUGGUUGUGGGGCUCCACCUCCUCCACCACCUCCGCCUGGUGACGUCAUUGUAGCCCAGGUGGUUCAGGGUCUGGGCAGGUCAUAUUACAACCCUGCCCACUUAGUGAGCCUUGGCCCCUGCCCCACCCUCCGCAUGAAAAAGUUGAACUGGCAGAAACUCCCGUCCAGACUCGUGACAGCCCAGAACUCUCUGUGGACGUCGGCGUCCUCAGACUCAGUGGAACCGAAUUACUGCAGCAUUGAGCAGCUCUUCAGUCUUCCACCAACCGAAACCAAAACCAGAACCAAAGCUGUGGCACAGCCGAAAGAGAUCUCCUUCAUCGAUGCAAAGAAAAGCCUGAACCUCAACAUCUUCCUGAAGCAGUUCAAAUGUUCCCAUGAGGACUUUGUGUCUCUGAUCCGGAUGGGAGAUAGAUCGAAGUUUGAUGUGGAGGUUCUGAAACAGCUCAUCAAACUGUUGCCUGAGAAACAUGAGGUGGAGAACCUGAAGGCCCACCAGUCAGACUGGGACAAGUUGUCUUCAGUGGACCGAUUUUACCUGCUUCUGCUUGAUGUCCCCUCUUACUCUCUGAGGAUCCAGUCCAUGCUGCUGAUUGAGGAGAGCAGUUCAGUCCUGCAGAACCUGAAACCGAAGGCUGAGCUGUUGGACCGAGCCUGUUGCAGUGUAAGGGAGAGUACUCGACUGCCCAGAUUCUGUAAAAUAAUCUUGGACGUCGGAAACUUUCUGAACUAUGGGACUCACACUGGAAAUGCAGAGGGUUUUAAACUCAGCACUCUGCUCAAACUGACUGAAACCAAAGCCAACAAGUCCAGAAUCACCCUGCUGCACCACAUACUGGAGGAAGUGGAAACAAACCACCCAGAUCUGCUGCUCCUGCCAGAUGAUUUUGAGAUCUGUGACAAGGCUGCUGGGUUGAACGUAGAGGCGAUUCAGAGUGAAGCGAAUUCUCUGAUGAAACAGCUGAAGGCAUCUGAGACUAAGUUCUGCAGCGGACCUGAGGACCUGAGGGAGCAGUACCUAGCCCCCAUUCAGGAGAGUGUGGCAGCCUUUGAGCAGCUGCAGGGCCUGCUGAUGAUAGUGGAGGAUCAUCGGACUGAGCUGAGCACCUACCUGUGUGAGGACCCCAGCAGUUUCAGCCUGGAUGAGCUCUUCAGCACCAUCAGGACCUUCAGGAACCUGUUCAUCAAAGCUGUCAAGGAGAAUGUGAGUCGUAGGGAGCAGGAGAAGAGGAGGAAGCGUCUGGAGGAAGAGAGGAAACAACACGAAGGAGACAAGAUCACAAGGAAGGAUGUUUCCCCCCAGGAUGAGGGCUGCAUCAUCGACAAUCUGUUGGCUGAGAUCCGGAAGGGCUACAAACUGAAGAAGACCCGGCCCAGAGCUGAUAGGGGCAGCCUGCCCCCUGCUGGGAGGACCCGGGACAGCACAGUCCAAGACAGUGUUCAAGGUGGACUCCAGUCCGGGACAGCAUCUGAGCAUCCCCCUGUGAGGAGGUCCAUGGCUGUGGACGUACCUGAACCUGGACCUGGACAGCCAUCAAAUGUUGCAGGGACAGACCACACACCAGAACGACCUGAGACUUCUAAGCCUGAUGAAAACCAGGCCAGAAUCCAGGACCCUGCCAUGGACUCAGGUCUCCAAUCUGACCCCAAAACCAGUCCAGAGUUAAGCACAGACCACAGUGAGUCAGAGUUUGAGGUGAUUGACUCUGAACCCUCAGCAUUCAGACAAAGUCCUAAUCCCAGCCCAGAGAAGACUUCCAACCCUGGUUCAGCAGGAGCCAGUGGCCUUUUUGGAACCAAACAAACCAAAAUCAAGAAAACCUGCAUCACACAUUGAGGUGAUGGCAGGAGGAGGUGGCGCUGUUACCAUGGCAACAAACUGACUCUGAAACUCAGGCAAUUAACACUGUGUUGACUGACUAUCUUAAGUGAAACCGAAAAGGUCGGAUUGUUUAGUCAAACUGAGGUUUUACCUGAGCACGAAACGAUGACACAGAAACCCUCACCCUCUGUGCUCUGAUUGGAUCAAACCUGUCAUGUGACACAUCAUCCUCAACACCAGCUGUUAGUUCACUCCGAUCCUAAACCACAGCUGAUUCUGUCAUGUUCCACUUAUAUCCUGCUCUUUAUCCUAAUACCAACUACAUUUCAGCAAUUUGUGAUCACCUCGUCUCCAACGGCAGUGGUGGCCUCCUGAUCAUGUGAUGUAUGUGUCAGAUGUGUUAAAAUGUACACAGGUUAUUUCUGAAAGUUUUUAAAAACAGAGAUUGUUUUCAUUUUAAAACACAGUGAUGAGUUUGGCAUGCCCAGAACCAGCUCCACAUCUCAUGAGACCUCUUCCCAUUCUGGCUCAGUUUCAGGUCUGGUUCAGUCAAUUAUGGUUCUAGACCAGGGGUCAAAGUUCUCUGGGUUGUUUAGAUCAUUGGGUGCCAUUUUGGUAGAACAUGUGCCUGUGAGAAAACACCACGUUAAAAGAAUACACAUCCCAUGAACCAGACUCUGAACCCAAAUGGUCCACAUAAGAGUCAGCAACAGGCGGUUUGGGUAUAAAUAAAUAAGGUCUGGUCUGAAUCAGAGCAGCUUAUUAUCAUUUGUUAAACACUUUUCUUAGACAAAUUAAUCAUUAAUCAACAGCUGCUAGUUUCAAAGUUGUAUUGAUUAGAAAAUGACCAGGGCAACAAAUGAUAAGACUUUUUGUCCUAAAACCACCUGGUUCAGUACUCAAACCAGUGAAACCAGAUGUUUGAGUCGACACUGAAACAAACAUCUCCUCCUCUGAGUUCAUUUAACGACCACUUCCUGUGUAAAUAGUGGUUCAUCAGCAUCUAAUUACACACUGUGUUAAUGAAUCCUUCACCCCAUCCUCAUCAGACCAAUGCAGAGAAACAGAUCAGUUCAGU